AUGGCGGCAUCUCAAACGCCACGGGGUUCGUUGCGCAACAUUGCAAGGAACCCUGUUCUCGCGCAACCUUUCGUUCCAUUGACGGGUGCAUGUCCGGACCUUACUCGAAAGAUUUUAGGCCUUCCACGUAAAUCCGUCUCAGGAUCAGCGUCUGCAAGCGUUAAGGCUACUGCUAGUUGAUUUCUUCUGUGUGUCCUGCUACUUAUUUACCAGCAAGAGGUACACAUACACAUACUUCUAGUAACGUUGUUAACGUAUGUUGUACAAUGAAGAUGGAUUCAGUUCCCAUUGACAGUGUGAGUGUGUCACGAGGACUAAGCUGCAGCACGUGUAUGUUGAACUCUAAUUUUGGUGGACCACGAAUAUCGAUCGAAGACGAGCUGCUUGCACCCGGCAGUACAUCAAGGCGCACAGGCUUGCUUUAUUGUGGAGGUUCGGGACUCGAAACUAAAUCAACAAGAUCCUCCUCGUCAGAUUCAAACUUGCAAGUUGGGGCAAGACACGGCUCAUCAACGUGGAGUUCUAGUAUGUGGGUAAAAAAGUUGUUCGCGCGACCUGUGACAGCCCACCCGGUCUUGGUUGAAGAUACGAUAGAAAAACUGGCCGAGGAAGGGACAGCACGAACGAAAUCUUCGUUCUCGCAGCCAUCAACAAAUUCAAGCGUUGACACGACCCCUAUGAGCACGAUUUUUUUUUUUAAAUUAUUUAUUUCAUUAUGUUGGAUACAUUCGAACACAGACUGUUAAGCCGCGUCUAGUUCCUCGGUGAGAAACACUUGAGAGUGAUACAGUUUUCACAAUUUGCACUCACAGCCUGAGACUAAUGAUCUCUGGCUGCUUUGAUCCCUGUGGAUGUUCAUUGGGGUUGCAAGGAGGAAGUCUCAGCUUCAUCACUGGGAUAUCAUGUUGCAUGGGGGAGCUUUCAUAUGCUUCAUACGGAAACGCUUAUGCUAUCAUCAUUGAUUCAUACGAUCAUCAUGCACUGGCAUUCAUCACUGACCAGAACUUGACAAGACGUUAUGGACCUGAUUACAGCUAUGAAACAUUCGCCAUUCCUGCUAUCUGAAUACGUUGAAGGUCCUUUGCCUGAUGAUCACUGAUUUUGGAACUAUAUGCAUUUAGGUCUGUAGGUUAUCUUUGAGAUCAUUCCGGUGCUGUUUUGUCCUUGACUGUAUUGGGAGGCUUGAGCCACAAACGAGAGAGAGAGAAGAAGCCAGAGACACCCGCGCGACGGUAAACCCGUCGGGCGUUUGGAUGGUGCUCCGGUAACCUUUUGCCUGGCGAUCUUGGUCAUUUUGAUGAUCUUCAUCCUUGUGAUCUUUGUGAAUCUUCUAGGAUUAUGACCUUGACCAACGCCCCUCCUCAAUCGUUGCGUGUCGAAGUCCCUAGUCUUCUGGACUACCACGGAAGUCAUAUCUCCUAACUACUCUUCUAUGGCUACGGUAUACUCGGCUAGAAGCCAAAAUAAACCGAAUAUGCUACACUAUAGUAAGCUAAAUCAUCCCCAUACGUUUCAUCGUCUGAGGAAUCACAAUCAUCACACAUAACCCUAUUUAUCGGGUUAUCUAUAUGGUGGAGUAGUUGCCUACGUUGAGACGAGCUACAUUCUAGCUUAGUUAAGCCAUCAGCCUUCAUUAAGUUAGUUGGACAGAAAACUAUCUUACUGGCCGCAUCACGCACACGCAAGUAGCGAAGUGCAUAAUGGCGACUCUUCGGGCGUGUGUCAGUUGCUUUGGCUGUUGUGAUCGCGGAUUGGUUGUCGAUCCAGAGCACAGCAUUGUCUAAAGAGGGAGGCAAGCCGUUCUGUGUGUGUACCAACUGAGUUGGUAGAGGCUUAUAGAAGUCUGUAAAGUCAUGCAGUUCACUAAGCACAAUUGUGUCAGAAGCUGCAAUAUAUUCACUUUCAGCCGUAGAAUAGGCACGGACAGCUUGUCGGUUACUUCUCCAAGCGAUUGGAACGCCUUUGAAAUACAUGAUCGAUCCACUUGUGCUUCUCGUAGUCUUUACGCAGUUGGCGAAACCUGCAUCACUAAAGAUAUUCACCUCUCGCAUAUCUCUGCCCUCAGGUAGUAACUUUGAAUAGAUUCUAUUGAAUUCUUCUUCUUGUUCUGGUGAGUAUUCCAGUCCUUGGUCUCUCGUUGUCACCAGAUACUUUAGCACUUUUCUGGCUGCUUUAACCAUUCUUGUUGACGCGGGUUUGCUGACAUGUCUAGCCAAUGCUGCCACCGGUACAGAAAUGUCCGGGCGCGCGGUUACAGCUACCCAUAGCAAGGCACCAACGACCUCACGAAAGGGAUACCCUUCGACUAUCUUGAUCCCCUCCUCAAGAAAAGCCGACUCGUCAAAAUUGGGCGAGUAAACCGGUUUUCCGACAUCGAUUUCGAAUUUCUUUGCGAUUUUAUCAAUGUACUCCUCCAUAUUGAGCCGAAAAGUUCGAGCUUCACGGCAGUAGUACACGAUAGCACCUAAGAAGUCGAACCUGCGCCACGUUUGACCCCAAGGGGUUGGAACGGACUCCACAUCAAUCGCACGGCCAGGGGCACGCGAGAAGAUGAGUUCUAGUUCGGUCCUGAGCUCGUCGAGGUCUGGACCCGUCGCAAGAUUGUCAUCAACGUAGACUGACAUCUUGAGGAACUUCCCAGGUACCCUCGCACUCGGCUUUCUCCAUAAGCUUGGCGCAGAAUCACACGGCUCCCAGCCAAUACUGGCUAGCAUGUCGUGAUAUUUCUUGAACCAUGCUCGUGGUGCGUCUUUCAAGCCGUAUAAGGCCUUCUUGAGCUUCACGAUCUCGCGUCCAUGCUUCUCUGCCCAGAUGGGUGGGAGACGGCAGAAGACAUCGCGAUCGAGUUCAGCAUUGAGGAACGCAGAAUCUAAAUCGAACGGGAUCGCAUAGCCCUGCUCUGACGCAGCAGAAGUCAGGAGCAGCCUAUUAGCGGCGUGCGAAACUACGGGAGCAAAGGUGUUUAGCUCUCCUGAACGAUCUAGAUUACCGAGGACACAAGCGCGAGCCUUGUAUCUUCCACAUCUUUUAAUAGUUAGAGUUAUGGCAUUUGGUAGAGCCUGUCGCGCGGUCGCAAGCUCCUCGUCAGAAGCUUCUUUCCGCGUUUCAAUGGCUAGUAGUCUCGCGUGCUCUUUGUCAAUGACCUCCCGCCACUUAUCGGCAUCAGGAGACUUGAGUGCUUGAGCAACGGACAAAAUCACAUAUGAUUCGACGAAUUCCUCACCUUCGUCUAAUUCACACAUGCCACCUACUGCACUAGCGAACAGCGCCACACUCUUCCUCAGUUCUUCUAACUGUUUCUUUGUUCUUCGAACCUUGCUACCUGCUUUGUCCUUCGCUCCUUUUGGUCGGCCACGCUUCUUGACGUGUGUAUGGCGUUCGCCUGCCACAAUACGUGCUGGAGAAGGCGCUUUAGACUUAGACGGACUUAGCGGAGCAGAUGUCUCGCGAUCCUUCGCUUCAGCAUUCCCCUCCUCAAGUGAAACAUCUUUAGGAGAGUCAGCUGCGUUGGAUUCCUCUACUUUAUCCAGUGUCUCAAUAAAUAAUUCGUCGGAAAUCGCGGCCGGUCCACCUGGAAUGUGCUCCGUGCCAGAGAACCCCGAUUGAUGAUCCAGCCUUUGCACUGACUGCCCAAGCAAGGGGGAGCCCAGCGACGACGCGCCACUCUGCAGAUUUUCCAGUUCGUCAUACUCAAUGUAGAUGCCCUUCUGAUCUGGCAAAAGCCAAUCAAUAUUCUUUAUUAGAUAGUCCUCUCUGAACUUUACAUCUAGGGUAGAGUAUUCCGCCCAUCGAUGUCCAAGCUUGCAACGAUCGCCAUGAGCGAAAUUUCCAACCAACCAACGGCAACCAGACGACUUCGGACAGAGUCCAAGGAAGACGCCACGACGGUAUUUGGCCGAGAGCUUGGGUUCAGGAGUGUUGGAUUGAAUUUGUUCACGAAAGUAAACUAGACAACCAAAUCGGCGGAGCAUGCCGAUUGAGCUCUUCGAUGAGUUUCUACCAGUCCUUUCUUCUAAGAUUUCAAUUGGACUCUUUCCAUCAUGUUGAGGCAUUUUUGCAUAGUUAUGCGGUAAACGAUCCCAGCAGUCACCGGCGUACUCGACGCAGUAACACCAGAGGCGUUUAUCAACUUUAGUCAGCAUUGUGCGAACACUGCCGAACAAAGUCCGCAUAAAACGUUCGCAGGUCCCAUUCGUCUCCGGAUUAUAAGGAGCAGCCGGACUGUCUGAGACUCGCAGCGAUUGCAUAACUUUGGUCAUGUCGUCACUGCUCAGGACAGGUUCUCCAUCCCUCCGGAGGAACCAUACUACCUUGUCAUCAAGUGAUAAGGAGUAGUCCUGGCGAAUGCCUUUGAUAACUUCUUCUAUUUCCUCCACGCAGUCACUUUUCAGUUUAAGCGGUCGACAGAACACCUUUUUAAUUACAUCACAGAUGGUCACUAGUACACAUCUCUUUGACCUGACUGAUACGGGUUUGAUUCCAACAGCAAAGUCGAUUGCUAGUAACUUCAAUGGUUCAGGUUUGUAGUUCGAAGUAUCUCUAGCUUUUGCAUGUGAUGCGCGUUGGCCUUUAUGUAGAUCACACUCAGGGCAAUUUACCUGGAGGCCAUCUAUAUGAAAGUGCCCACGUCUUCUAUGAAGUUCGAGUCUUGUAAGAUAACAGCUACUGACUCCUUCUUCUACUGUUGAACAAGUAUAACCAUUAUCAGUCUCUUCUUUAAACAAGUUGCAUGCAAGUAUGGGAAGCUGCAAGCGUGGAUGACUUCUUAUUGGUAUGGCCUGGCCGGUGUCCGUAUGUACGAGACAACCGCCUGCGCCUUUGAAGUUGAAUUCCCAUCCUAAUUGUGAGCAGUUCCCUUCACCUAACCAAGGUAUGAUACGAUCUAAGUCCUUUGGUAGUGAAUCAUAAUAAACACCAUACUGGAGCCCUAGGAUGUUUGACUUCAGUUUUCCUACUCUUCCGUCUUUACUUCCAGCGCUACCAGUAAUCCUACAAAUUUUCAUAGUUAUUUCACUAAAAUCAUCUUUGUGCCUUGAAAGAUAUUUGUUUGCACAACUAUCAACCAGACUAACUUCUUCUCUUGCAGUAAUGGAACUAGUUGAAAGACUAUGUCCCGCAAGUUUUGCCUCCCCUUUAUUAUUUAUGUUUAUUUCUUCACCCUCAUCUUCAUCCAAGUUCAGCGAGCAAAAUCCGCUUUCCACCGGUUCUGCAACUCAGCUCUGCUUUCCGCCGUUGAGAGCUUGCCACAGCUCCGCAACUGCAGACAUGUGAACCAUGCCAUUACCCUUUCCACCUUUACCCAUAGCACUACUAGACUGGGAAUUGGUGUUCCAGUUCCAGUUUGCCUGGUUCUGUGGAUUCUUCCAACAAGACGCGGACUUGUGGCCCGGUUUGUUGCAGAUCCAACAGACUGGGCGGGUAUCUUGUUUUCCAGAACCUUUAUUAUUUUUGUUCUGCGGCUUUCCUUUGCCGUUCGAAUUGGAGGCAUAGACCUCGGCGGCGAUCUUCUUCUUUGUGUUUGCCUUGAAGCGCUUGAGAGCACUUUUAGACAGAAAGAUCUUACCACCUUCGUUGGCCUUUUCCUCGUCAUCCUCCCCUUCGCGAGAACGUUUAUUCGAGGUCUCCUGAACAUUGACCGGGAACGCCUUCCCGAAGGAAUCGCUCUCAACUUUGUAGGUUCCCUCCUCGAUCAACGUCGCAAGACGCUUUUCAAGUCGGUCACCAAUCUGGUCAAAUGUCAGACCAUCUUCUUCCUGCAUGCGUUCGAUCGUUGCCUUGAAGUUCUUGCAGAACAACUCGGGCAACUUCUGCAACAGUGCGCCACUCUGUUGGUCCCUUUCAGGCACUCCUGCUUCCGGCGGGUACACGGUGGGCGACUGGUUCGUGAUGUCUCGGACUUUCGACAAGAAUCCCGUGACAUCUGCAGGCUGAUCCGCGUUGUGGAACUUCGACACACCAUCCGUAAGCGGUUUUACUUUCGUCCGUUGUUCCUGACGGUUGUUUUGAUCGAAGUGUCCUACAUCACGAAGGAGCGCAACAACCUCACCUGCAUCCAUCGCAUCCACCUGCCCAUUAUCGUUCUGGUUGUUGAUGAACGACGCAGCGGCACCUUUCAGACUACGAGUGAUCGCAUCUUUCAGGUUGCGCCACUUCUGCCGAAUUGUUUCCUCCCGAUUGGUAACUCCGUUAGGAAUACCAUGAGGAGCUGCCGGAAUACCGACUACAUUCGUGUAGUUUUGAAGCAGGCCAAGACGGCUAGCUUCCUGACGUAUGGCAAGUUGCCAUCCUCGCCAGUCGGACUUCUGUCCGAGUUUCUUCGAAAUUUCUUUCGCAUCGCAGGACAUUUUGAAAAGUUGUUUCUAGAUGGAUUUUUACUCUAUACUAAGCUCAAGGGUCAAAGUAGUGCUGGAUACAUUCGAACACAGACUGUUGAGCCGCGUCUAGUUCCUCGGUGAGAAACGCUUGAGAGUGAUACAGUUUUCACAAUUUGCACUCACAGCCUGAGACUAAUGAUCUCUGGCUGCUUUGAUCCUUGUGGAUGUUCAUUGGGGUUGCAAGGAGGAAGUCUCAGCUUCAUCAUUGGGAUAUCAUGUUGCAUGGGGAGGCUUUCAUAUGCUUCAUACGGCAACGCUUAUGCUAUCAUCAUUGAUUCAUACGAUCAUCAUGCACUGGCAUUCAUCAUUGAUCAGAACUUGACAAGACGUUAUGGACCUGAUUACAGCUAUGAAACAUUCGCCAUUCCUGCUAUCUGAAUACGUUGAAGGUCCUUUGCCUGAUGAUCACUGAUUUUGGAACUAUAUGCAUUUAGGUCUGUAGGUUAUCUUUGAGAUCAUUCCGGUGCUGUUUUGUCCUUGACUGUAUUGGGAGGCUUGAGCCACAAACGAGAGAGAGAGAGAAGAAGCCAGAGACACCCGCGCGACGGUAAACCCGUCGGGCGUUUGGAUGGUGCUCCGGUAACCUUUUGCCUGGCGAUCUUGGUCAUUUUGAUGAUCUUCAUCCUUGUGAUCUUUGUGAAUCUUCUAGGAUUAUGACCUUGGCCAACACAUUAUAUUUCUGUAUAAUUCUCAUACAUAAUGAGUAUGAGAAUGUUCGCCGACCGCGUGCUUACGUAGUGCAAGUGUCCACCCGUCGUCGGAGACGCAGGUGUAACAACAUCUUUCAAGCUUGUCCUUGUUCUAAGUCUCAGAGAAGCCAAGAUUUCUUACCGAUGGUAUCUUUUGUCGGCGAGAGCAAUGUUGGGAAAUCCAGCUUACUGAACAAGCUUUUGAACGGAAGAGAACUCGCAGUUUCAAGCAGUCUUAUGGCUCCAGACGGAUUCGAAAUCGAAUGUGUACUGCAUCUGAAAGUUGUAGUGUCCUAGGUAUUCAUUCGAGAUCUAAUCCGAGACGAGGAGGCACAAGUGUCGAGUCGAGAUCUACAGGGGGAGGGGAACAGCGAGGCACAUUUUUUUCACUCGUCUGAAUCUCGCUGCCGUUGAAAAUUCCGUGAUGAAUGCUUAUCUUAGAGUUCUAGAGGACAUAUGCUCAGUGAAAGGAUGCUCAUGCUAGCUUGUCUAAAAAUAGGGCUGGGCGGACUCGACAUCUCUUCCGGUUUGACGUCGCUGACACUCUGCGAAUGGUCGACUUACCAGGCUAUGGGUACGCUGAGGUCCACCAAGUCCUCAAGGAGAAGUGGAGGAAAAUGCUUCUUGCGUUCUGUCGGCAGCAGUGUGUCAAGGAAAAUCUUCGUUGUGUGUUAUGCCUCGUCGACGCAACGGUGGGGAUUCAGCCUGAAGACGAGCAAGUCUGGCGCAAAACAUUCGCAGGAUAUCCGAAACUCCUUGUCUUGACUAUAUGAAAAGGGACCACAGAAGCAGAACCACAUAGAAAUAGAAAAAUAGAGCGAUCACGAAUGGACGAGAUAAGGUCAAUCUCAUGCCGAAGACACUGCUCCUGGCACAGUAACAGUAUCUACUAAACUAGAAACAUAGAUGCCGAAUCCAAAUUCCAUCUGUUUUGGGCACGAGUUUUUUUUGAGGCCGAUUGAACAUGAGUUUUUUCCUGCUCCAGCAUCAUGGCAACCUCCAUCUUCAUUACCCAAAAUCGAUCUCCUGACUCAGGCAGAACUUCAUAGUGCCGUGGCCGCAGCGGGGUAUCGUAUUGAAGAGAUGAAUCGGCCUUGUCCUUUCGAUGCCCUACUUGGUAAUAGCGCCGUGGCGCCGAGUAUUGGAUCUUCCCAGAAGGCAAGAAGUGUGGACUUUUUAUGAGGAUCAGCAAUUAUAUUUAGAGUGGAGCCCUUGUUUGAAUUUUUUGUUAACCCAACACACGUCAGUAUUUGAGGCCGCGGUGGUAGUACAACGGAUAAGGAACUCGUCUACAACAUGAGGAAAUUCCUAUUUUCCUAUCAUCUGGACGAUUGUUCUAAUCCAUGUGGAAGACUAUGGAAGUAGAGAUACCGACGCAGCUUCUGUGCGUACACGGUUGUACGGUCCGAGCGGUCGAGGUAUACUCAGAAAAGCAUUAGAAAAUUGUUCGAGGAAAGAGAAGAUGGAAUUUCCAGGUGGUGCAGAAUCGCCAGAGAAAGAAGAGGAUAAACUUGUUGCUCUUCCUGCAGAGACAACUACGGUCAACAAAUUUAGUGAAAAUGAAGCAAAGGGCCUUGGCCCUGCGAAUAUUCUUUCAGGCAUUCACUGUGUCAGCGCAAAAGAGGGUUGGGGGAUUUCCGAACUUCAACGACAUAUAGCGAUAAUUUGUGGUCUCAAGAACCCUCCUUCUUGUACUAGAUCUCCAUUAUGAUCAACUCUGAGAGUGAGGAUGCAAUCUCCUGCGUAGUUUGGUGUGCAUGUGCAUAAAGUUAAAGUCGUUGCUGCUGGUGCUGUGCUUUUAUGGCAAUAAGGACAAG